AUGGCGCCCCUCGACGAGGUCCAGGUCGGAGACCUGGUGAAUGUUCCCGGUAGCAUGUUCGGAACGGUCCGAUAUCUCGGGACUGUCGCCGGAAAGCCGGGGAAAUUCGCCGGGAUUGAAUUGGCGGCGGAGCAUGCCAGACGCGGGAAGAACAGUGGUGACGUGGAUGGGAAGAAGUACUUUGCGACGUCCAUCGCUGGGUCGGGCAUCUUCGUGCCCAUGAACAACAACAAAUAUGUCUGCAAACGGUCGUCCGGGUCGUCCUCCAUGGGCCCGUCCGCCAACCCGCCCACCCCCUCCCGACCGGUCAACUUCAGCAAGUCCGUGGGCCCCGGUACCAGUCCCGCCGUGCGGCCCCCGCGAGUGAGACGGCCCUCGUUGCCGCGACCAGAAUCCCCCCGGGGUCCGCCUCCCUCCAAACUCAGCCUGGCUGGUCUCCGCACCCCGUCCGCCGCCGCCCGUUCGGCUCCGAGCUCGAACGGUUAUCCGCGGAGUCCCGUGAAAGGAAGCCCCGUCAAGGCGCCGUCUCGGGCCUCUGAUCGUCCGCCCUCGCGAGUGAGCCUGGAGGAUGACGCCGUGUCGACCAGAACCUCGGAUUUCCCCAUCCGCACGUCCAAUGUGGCCGAGGUACAAGCCUUGAAAGACCGGGUGUCGAAUCUCGAGCAACAGCUGUCGGAUCGCGACCAACAGCUGGGCGAACAGGCCGGGGCUCUAUCCGAGUUCCAGCAUCUCCUGGAGGAACUCGAGGGCUCCGAUGCCCUCUCGGUCCGGGCCCAGCUGCGGGAGAAGAACGACAGGAUCGCACAAUUGAUGGCCGAGUUCGAUCUCCACCGAGCCGAUUUCCGCAGCACCCUCGACACCUUGGAAAUCGCCGCGUCGGAAACCGAGCGGGUAUACGAACAGCGGCUAGAGGAGGUGAUGCAGCACAACCGGGAACUGCAAGAGCGGGGAGAGGAUGUCGAGGAGGUGGCCCGGCAGCUCAAGCAGCUUGAGGAACUCGUGUCGGAGCUCGAGGAAGGUCUCGAGGAUGCCCGCCGCGGGGAGGCCGAAGCCCGAGCGGAAGUGGAAUUCCUUCGAGGUGAAGUGGAGAGGACCAAGCUCGAGCUGCAGCGAGAGCGAGAGAACUCUGCAGGCCCUCGAUCGAGCUCCGGUGGGCCCCGUCAAUCUCGAGAACUGGAUCAGAAGGACGACGAGAUCCGCGGGUUGAAGGCCAUCAUCCAUUCAUUGAGUCGGGGAGAUCCCGACAUUCAUGCGCUCCAGCAGAAUGGGCAAAACUCCCAGGGCGACCACGACCCCCAGCAUCUGGCCCACUUGGAGCAACAGGUCCAGGAACUCGAACGCCUGACCGAACAGAAGACCUACCGGAUCGAGGAGCUGGAGCGGGAGCUGCAACAGUCCCAGACCAAUGAUAACAGUCGAGCUCGAAGCUCGACGGUCACUGCCGCGGCCCCCCACCACCAAAAGACCGGAUCCACCGGGAAGGCUGGCAACCACCUUACCAGCAACCACUCGCAUCGCCUGUCGGAUCGCACCGUGGUCCCCAGUGACUGGCACGAUGCUCCCGAACCGGAUGACGAUUACCAACCCUAUCCUCCCCAUCGCACGGCCCCGGAUGCCUCGAACCGUCGCCUCGAGACAAUGCCCGAGUCCGACAGCCGCUCGGACGAUGGCAAUUCCAUGUGGUGUGAGAUCUGCGAAACCGGGAAUCAUGAUAUCCUAAGUUGCUCCAACAUGUUCGGCGCGCAGAACAAGAACAAAGACGCACCGUCCAAGGGAGCUUCCCAGUAUGAGACCGCGACGGAAGACAAGCCGACCUCGGAGAGCUCGGGGGGUGGGGACGCGACUCCUUCAAGCCGGAGUGAAAGCACAACGCCCCAGAAGACGGGUCGCGAUGUGGUGAUGGAGGGACUGAAGGGCGUCGGCAUGGCCAUGUCGUCGUCCAUGUCAACAACCUCCAUGGCCCCGGUGGCUGGGAAAGCCAGUGGUGUGAUUGACGAGACCAAGUGGUGUGCGCUCUGCGAGAGAGACGGUCACGAGAGCAUCGAUUGCCCGUUUGACGAUUAA